GUGACCAGUGAGGAAGGGGGUAGAUGAACGACAAUGACAACCACACCAGAUUUCUGUGAUGGGAAAGUGGGCAAGAGGUCUGUUGGGUUGAUUUCUCUCUGGAGUGUUCAUCGUGUCCAUCUCUCCCUCCUCAUCGCCAUGUCAACUCAGCCCAGCCCUUAGCUCCUCCCCUCUCUAUUCACAGCCUCCUGCAUCCUGCCUGCUGCAGACCUGCCCACUUCUGUGGCUUCAAGGGGACUUGACAGAUAAUUCAAGAAUGGGAAAGAGGGGAAAGUUUAGGUAGAAAAUUAUACAAUGUAGAAGGUAACAGGGCUGGACAUUCCUGAUGGAAUUGCCAGGCCAUUCUCCCCACCACCACCACCACCACACACACACUCAAAGAACAGGCAAAGGAGAAGCAAGAUAAACAGUCAAGUUCACAACAGCCUCUGGGGCUCCUCUCCCAGCCCCACCAGGGGAUGCUGGGGGCUCAGAUAGCUCUGAUGUGUGUUUCCUGUUUACAUCUUCCUACUUCUGGUUGCCCCAGUUAAGAGAAAUAUUGCCAAGGGCUUGACUCCCUGUACCCAUGAGGAGGAUGAGCCCAGAUUUUUGGAGCAUCUUAGAAAAGGGGCUGGGCUAGAACAAAACAGUGUAUUGUUUGCUCUCCUCCCUAGUAGCUGUUUACCUAUAAUGCCACUGAAGUUCUCUUGGGCCUUGGAGAAUCUGGAAAAGAUCCUGGCUGCAUGACCUUGGGUCCUGUUCUCUCUCUUCUUGGGGGCCCUGGGGACCUAAUCAGGCAAACGGUGAUCAGGUGAUCACUCUGUAUGUUCUCUGUGAAGAGCAAGUUGGAGUACAGGAAGGGAAUCCCUGCUCUGCCAUUUGUUGCUGUCCUUAUCCUGACUAACUGGCAACUGUCCUGGCCGGGCGUAUUUGCUCUGUGACUGUACCUGUAAAAUGGAGACUCGAUCACUGCACAGGUUGUGGGACCAGUAUUUAUGAGACAGGCCUGGCUGUGUCCAGGACCUGGAAGACUCCGUUUUUCACAGUAUGGUAAAGGGCAGCUGAUAACACAGACUCCUUUCUGGAUGUGGUAUAGUCUCAGGAGGCGCCAGGCAUAAGUGGGCAUGGGCGGGACUCCCUCUUCUGAUACCUCUCAAGGGGCAGUUAAGGAUUGAUCCUGCAAGCAAGCGUGUGGGGCGGGCUGAGUGCUUGCUGUAGCUGAGGAGGUGGUGGCUGUGGGUCACAGGCCUUCAAUCACAAUUGGAGGAAGGGAUUCAGGAAGUACUCACAGCUGCUCAGACAUCUCCCUGCCAAGUUCCAGGCAGCACCAAAGAAAACCACUGCAGGCUUCUGGAAAGAGCCAUGGCCACCUGGGGUGGUCACCAGACAGGGGGUCAGAGCUGGCACGCCUGAGAUCCGGGGUCUGAUCUGAAGUUAAAAACUAGACCAAAGAUCAUCUGAUUCCAACAGAAGGGUUAGUGGUCUAGGAUGCCACAAUCCAAGGCCUCAGACCAGCAUCUUAGAUGACCGAGGAGGGGCAGCCAUCCAGCAUAGAGCACCUGUGACAACCAAUAGCCCCUGUUUCUGAUGGGACACUAAGGCUCAGAGAUCACCCACAUGUGACAAGUGUCACUCAGAAUCAUGGAGACAGCAGUGAUUGGAAUGGUGGCAGUGCUCUUUGUUGUCACUGUGGCCAUCACCUGCAUCCUCUGUUACUUCAGCUAUGAUGCAAAGACCGGUGACCCAGAGAGGGACCCCAGGAACAGCUUCACCGUGGCCACAUUUCACCAGGAAGCAUCGCUCUUCACAGGGCCUGGUCUCCAAUCCCGGCCUUUGCCGAGUGCCCAGAACUUCUGGACUGUUGUGUGAGGCUGGCCAUCCCUGUUCAUUUGCUCAGCUAGUGGGUCAGGCCCAGCUACUCCUUCAAUAAGCAUUGUCUGGUGUCUCACUCCUCCCAGGUCUCUUUGUCUUUCAAUGUUCCACAAACUUCUUGCCUUCUCUCAUUCCGGCUUGCUCUGCCCUCUCUUCUGGGGGAGCUGAGGUGUCGGGAUCAGGUGUGAGUUACCCCUAAGCUGGGCCCUACUCAUAAUGGGGUUGAGGACCUGAGGAGCUGUGGACAGACACUGUGUGACAUUCUAUGGUGUGGUAGCUCCAGGUGGCUAUGGAACCUCACCAGCAGGAUGCCUGUGCAGUCUAUUUGCCACCCAAGGAACCAGCACCCUCAAGUGGAAAUUUUGAGUAACUGCACCUUGUUUGUUUGUAUUUUUGGAUGCCGCACAAUGCCCAACCCUGAGACUUGCUCCUUAAUCAGUCCUGAAAUUCUGACACCAAAAGGGCUGUUUUCUGGGAACAAAUGACUUAUUUUAUAAUUGUGAACGUAUACCCUUUUAUGGUUCUUUCCAAAUCUGCUUUGGAAAACCACAAAAGGAAGCAGAGUAGAAAAAGAACCACAGAAAGCACAAGGUGUUUCAUUAGUAGGAAGGCCACCAAGAAGACUUGAAACACUUCUUGAACAGACUUGCUUUAUUGCUAUAGUCAGACAGACCGCGUCUAUUCUUAGCAAAUGUGAGCGUUUGCGUCACUUAGGAAUGAUAGAAACAUUGUGAACUGAAAGAUAAUUCCAAAAAAGUUAAAUGUUACAUUUCAGCGCAUGUGAAGAAGUUGCUGUUUUUGCUGCAAAUAAAGGGACAUUUGUUUUUUAUUAAUAGAAAAUCUUCUUUCUCUAUGAUCAUGAAAUAGAUGCUGUAUUUAAAGACUAUGAUCAGAAGAGUGGAAAACUACGU